UUUUGGGGCGACCCACACAUUAGUACUUUGGAUGGAAAACAGUACACAUUUAAUGGUCUUGGUGAAUAUAUUCUGUUGAAGACUGCUAAUGAAACCUUUAUGUUGGAAGGCCGCACUCGCUUGGUGGAGAACUCUACUGCCACUGUAUUUUCUGCUUUCGCUGCGGCUGAGUUGAACAAGAGCAGUGAGUUGAGUGAAUUCCAUUUGAAGUCGAGUGUUGUUCACACUGAACUAACUAAUGAAAACACUUUGCAAGUAAUGGCCUGCUGCUACACAGAGGAUGAUUUGUCUUCUAGUUCUCCUACAUUUGAUAAGAGCGGUUGGCGUGACAUCACAAAUGACUUUAAUGACCUUGAUAAUGUCACUCAGUUGGCACUGGACAAUGUUGUAUUGACACGACCGGACAACAAAAGCAUAGUAGCUGCAUUUGUUUCUGGGAUUUCUGUGACAGUGGAGGUAAAGAAAGCUUCGUUGAGUGUAGUUUUUGCAGCUCCUGACUCAUUCAAAGGAGAUACACAAGGUUUGCUGGGCAAGUGGGAUGGUGACAAAUCAAAUGAUCUUGCUGCACGGAAUGGAACAGUUAUACACAUUAACUCAACUGAUCGAGCUAUUCACAGUGUUUCACAGACUUGGCAAGUGGAUGAAGCUGAAUCUUUAUUUUACUAUGGUGAAGGCAGUGGCUUGUCUACUUUUUCAAGACCUGAUCACAUUCCUGUGUUUUCUGAUGAAGCUCUUGAGCGAUACACACCUGAGCAACGAGCAGCUUGCAAUGAUGACCCUCAAUGUCUUUUUGACACGGCUGAAACAGGUGAUCCAGAAAUAGGUCAGGAAACACUUGUUACCAACACGCAGCUACUCGAACAGUCAGCAUCUCUCAUGAACUUUCCUCCAACUCUGAAUGGCAGUAAUGUUUUGAAUGCAACCAUUGGCGAGUUAGUGACAUACACAUUUAUCGGAUCAGACAGCGAUACAUUCAAUGUGACAUUAGACGGUAUUCUUCCUCCAUCAUCAGAUUACACAUUCACAAGAACUGGGGAUGAGUUCAAUUUUAUAUGGACACCAACAUCAUCUGAAGUUGUGUCUCUUGUGUUUAUUGCCAAUGAUACGACUGGCUUGAGCAGUCAACUUCAGCCACUCGUUCGUUUGUGUGCUUGUCGAUUGGAGAAGAAUGCUACAUGUGUGAUAUCUGAAGCAAGUGGAGGUGAAAAUCUGUUUGUGCUUGAGGACUGUGAAUGUGGCAUUGGGUGGCAAGGAAAAUUUUGUGGUGUGGAUAUCAAUGCAUGUUUGACAUCCAACUGUCCUCAUGGCACCAACUGUACUGAUCGACGUGCACCAGACACUGGUUUUGACUGUGGGUCAUGUACUCCAGGACUUGAAGUGGUAGAUGGGAAAUGUGAAGACAUUGAUGAGUGCAUAAACGAUACACUGAACAAUUGUCAACAUUCAUGUGUCAAUCAAGUACCAUCCUUUAGUUGCGAGUGUCGCACAGGGUUCACCUUACAAGAUGAUGGUGUCAACUGUUCAGAUGUCAAUGAGUGUGAAAAUGGCAACCCAUGCCAUCAAGUUUGUAACAACGUACCAGGUUCUUUUCAGUGUGAUUGUUUCAAUGGAUUUCUUCUUCUUUCUGCUGAUAACAUCACUUGCGCACCUGAAGAAGUAUGUAUGACGAGAGAAGCAGAUUGUGAGCAGGUGUGCUCUCGAAAUAAGAGUAGUGGGGUUGAAACCUGCAGUUGCAAUCAAGGUUAUCAGCUUGAUUCUAAUGAUCGCAACUGUUCUGAUAUUAAUGAAUGCAAUGAGAAUUUGGAUAACUGUGAUCAAACAUGUGUGAACACAAAUGGAUCGUUUACUUGCCAGUGUAAUAUUGGCUAUAUACUAGAAUCUGAUCGACACACUUGUACAGAUAUCAAUGAAUGUUUGGAGGAUCCAUGCACUAAUAUUACUGGACAGCAGUGCAGCAACUUGCCUGGCUCGUUUAAUUGUUCAUGUCCACUUGGCACUGAAGUUAUCGGUAGUGCUUGCAAACUUGCUGACGAUUGUGCUUCUGGUCCAUGUCUAAAUGAUGGUGAAUGCUUUGAUGGUCUGGGCAUGUUCACGUGUCGGUGUAGCUCUGGCUACACAGGAGUUGUGUGCGAUAAAGAGCUAAAUGAAUGUGACUCAAAUCCGUGUCAGAACAACGGAACCUGUACUGAUCAGUUUGACAAGUUUAAAUGUGAUUGUAUCCCAGGUUAUGAAGGAGACUCAUGUGAGAGAGAAACAGAUGAGUGUGGAUCGUCGCCUUGUCAAAAUGGAGCAACAUGUGUAGAUGCUUUCCUCAGCUUCACAUGCAUCUGUAUUAUUGGAUAUGAGGGAAUUAUGUGUGAAACAAAUAUCAACGAGUGCAUGUCUCUGCCAUGUCGGAAUGGAGCCAUGUGUGAGGAUGGUGUCAAUGGCUAUAAUUGUACGUGUGUGCCAGGCUUCACUGGUGUGUUAUGUGAAACAGAAGUGAAUGAAUGUGAUUCAUCACCAUGUCAAAACAAUGCUACAUGCAUUGAUCAAGUGAAUAAAUAUGAUUGUCAAUGUAUGACUGGUUAUACAGGACAGCAGUGCGAAACAGAAAUUGAUGAAUGUGCUUCAAAUCCUUGUCAGAAUGGCGGUACUUGCACAGAUCUACUGGAUAGCUAUACAUGUAACUGUACCGAAGGCUACAUUGGACUAGACUGUGAAACCGAUUUUAAUGAAUGUGAAAGCAAUCCUUGUUUCAAUAGUGGAGUUUGUGUGGACCAUGUCAAUAGUUUUGAUUGUACCUGUGCAAGUAGAUUCAGUGGAUCACUUUGUCAAAUUGCACCAAACAGAACUGUUCCUUGCACUGAUGAAUUUGAGUCGGGAGACUGUGAUGAUGUUGUUACUUGUGCUGAGGCUGCUUUUCCUUGCUCCUAUUCAUACUUUACUGAGUUCCUCUUGCCAUUGUGCAAGUUACAGGACAGCGCAUCAACUGCAGUGGGAUGGUCAACGGCAGCCAGCUCAUGCUUGAUGGAACAAAUACAUGAUUACUUUACCUCAAACUACAUCAGUCAACCAUCAUCCACAGAGUGUAUUGAGUUUCAACGGUUUAUGUUUCAUUCACAGCAACAAUGUCUCAAUUUUUCUCUGUGCAGUAGCAACAUUAGCCGUUCUGAUGCAGAUAUUGUGUCAAGUGUGUUUAAUAGCCUUUCUCCCCUUCGUGAUGCAAACAUAGAACAGAUGUUGCAACUCAUCGAUUCUUGCCCAGGAGAUGGUGUUGACUUACUUGCUGAUAGUUUGAGGGAUAAAGGCUUUGUUAUCUGUGUAGUGGUUGAAUUGUUAGCAGGUGAAGAUGAGGAAGCUAUAGCAGCAACUGUUCGCACCAGACUUUCGAACCUCGUUGCAUCAGUGACAGGACGUGUUAGUAAUGUUUCAUCUUUUGAUUCUAAUGCGUGUCCAGCAUUGCCUUCUGACAACAACAGCCGGAGACGUCGAAGCAUAGUUGACGAUGACAUGGUACGAAUUCGAAGGAAUACAGGAACAGUUGCUCCUUCCAAUACUACUGUUCAGCUGGCAUUUUUGAGUAGUGGCGAUAAUGCUGUCAGUUUGUCAACAUUAUGUGACAAUACAUCAACUGUGGGUGAUGCAAGUCUGGGUUGUUCAGUGUGUGGUAAUGGUGUGUUAAAUGUUGCUAAUGAGAGCUGUGACGAUGGAAAUGAAAUGUCUGGUGAUGGUUGCUCUAGUGAUUGUGUCAUUGAGCCAGGUUAUGAUUGUAACGUCAAUGUGGCACCUAGUGUUUGCAUAAACAAGACUUGUGGUGAUGCCAUUCUUGUGUCUGGAGAGGAGUGUGACAAUGGAAAUCAGCGAGGUUGUUCUAACUGUUUGAUUGUUCAAGGGUUUGAAUGCUCUGACGUAUUCUACGAAAGUAGUGUGUGCUUCAGUUGUGGCAAUCGAUUAGUGGAAGAGCCAGAGCAGUGUGACAAUGGACUCAGUGGUGCUAUUGAUGGUUGUAAUAAUACCUGCUCUGUUGAUCCUCUCUGGGACUGUACAUCUGUGAUUGACGAGGAAAGUGUUUGUAAACAUGUUGCUGUCAACUUCAAUGUUGCCGAUGUCACGACUCUGAAUCCUCCCGUCAUUGACUUUAUUGCUGCUGGUGCUGUGCUGUUUUUAGUAGAGGAAGUUGGACAACUGGAUAGUAGUCGUUUUAGUAAUACAAACUGGAAGAGUAUAGAAAUUGCUAUGUCUAUUCCAUCAUCUUCUAACAUCUUUUUUGAAAACAUUGAUUAUGCACGAGACCGAGCAGUUCUUCAAAAUAGGAUAACAUCAGAUGACUUUACGGCAUUAAAUAAUGCCAUUUCAGAGGAUCAAAGUGUUGCUGAUGUUGUUGUAGGAGAGAGGCACAAACGAUUUGCACGUUUGAGUAAGCCUGCUAAUCUUACUCACGUGUUACUGUCUUUGGUGUUUCAUCAUUCUGCUACUGACGUCCAGGGAAUUUUUAGGUAUGUUAACUUGACAAUAGUGGAUAUUUUUGAUGAUCGAGCUCCAACAGUUAUGAUCACUCUGAGAUAUAUUGGAACAAAUGCUAACUCACCAGUCGUCAGUAUUGCUGAGAAUGUGACAGACUUAGUGGAACCUAGGCAAGUUGUCUCUCCAACGAGUGGAAGUCUAAAUGUAACUGAUGUUGAUAAUGAUGUGUACCAAAUCAAGUCUGCAAGUGUGACAAUACUGAGUGAUAGUGAGAAUUUAGUGUACCAGAGACUGAAUGCUACGGGGACAUCUUCUAUAACAGUGAUGUAUGACCCAGCAGCAGGAGAACUGUCUUUCACGGGAUAUGCUUCUGAGAUGGAAUAUCAGUCUGCACUGAACUCUGUUGUUUAUAUUAACACUUUUGAAGAUAUUGGAGGAUUGCCAUUUCAGUACGUCAUUAUAAGAUUUAGUGUUUCUGACGGGGACAACCCUCCUGGCACAGCAGAAGUGAUGAUUCGUUUCAUAAAUGUGAAUGAUGCUCCUGUGUUGCUAAUCGCCGGACAGAUGCACGUGAAUGUUUCGUACAUUGAAGAAGGUGGUCCAACAAACUUUGCCCAAAACUCAGUAAAUAUUACAGACAGCGACAACAAGAAUCUUAGAGGGGCUACCAUUGUGCUACAAAAUAAGGAGGAUGGAGAUCUCAUAUCUGUCAAUACAAGCAUGUUUGGGUCUAUAAUCAAUGUCGUUCCAACCUCUGGAAAUGGUCUCAUUCAGCUGGAUUUGAAUGGUGAUGCUCCUAUUGAAGUUUAUGAAGCUGUCAUUGAGUCUCUUUCCUUUUCCACGACGCUGCCAAGGCCAAGUUUUCUCAUUGAUACAACCAGGGUUGUUCUUGUAACUGUUUCUGAUGGCACUAACUCGAGUAAUGUCGUGGAAAUUAAUGUUGCUGUUGUGCCUCUGAAUGAUGGCCCUAUUGUGCAGUUUAAUCCUACUGCUGAUCCUACCAAGUUUGCUUCAUUGGCUGAUCGCAGCCAUGCUGUCGGUAUUAUUGAAGAAGGGCAGCCAGUAGAUGUGAUGCCAAGUACAACGACAGUUAGAGACGUUGAUAGCAAUAACGCAAGAGGAGCAACCAUACAACUGAGCAGUGUUUCGAAUGGAUUAGACGAGAUGUUGACUGUUAAUGAAACUCUUGCUCAGAGUCUUGGUAUUAUUGUCAAUGUAUCAAGGUAUAAUACAUCUAUCAAUAUAACUCUAGAUGGUAUCCAAAGCUUUGAUGCAUAUCGAGAGGUGCUUCUGACACUUCAGUAUGUGAACACGGAGAUGUUUGAGCCACACGAAGGUCCUAGGAUUGUGGUUGUUAUUGUGGUAGAUGAGGAUGGGGCAGCAAGUCUACCAGCUAUUAUCACUGUUACUGUGACGAGAAUAAAUGAUCCACCUGAGUUGAAUGUUGGUGCUGGGUUUGGUGAGAAUGAUAGCAUAGAGUUUACUGAGAUACCAGAUGGAGAUAGAGGUGUGGGCAUUCACAUUAUGAGUAAGCCACAUCGUGUUGCAAUUAAGAAUGAGGAGGAAAGCACACAGAAUGAAUAUAUACAACAGCUGACAAUGCAGCUCAGGGCUACUGGAUGCGGGACACUUGAUGAAAAAGAAUAUGUAUACUUGCUGGAGUGUCCUGGUGGUGGAUUUGUGUGCCGUUUUGCAAACGAUGGUAAAGGAAUAGAGAUUUCUCGAGGCUCAUCUGCAGUAUCUGCUGCUGAUAUCAGGAGGAGUCUGGAAAUUGUUUUGAGCUUGGGCACGUUCUAUAUUAAUUUGGCAAGUGAACCAACCAUCUUCUGUUCAGUUGGAGCAAACCAAUCUGUGGAGUUCGAGCGUUUUAUUGAUGUAACUAUCACUGACAGUGGCUCUCCUGCUCUAAAUUCGUCAGUAAGUAUUCGUGUCAACAUAACAACAACAAAUGACAUUCCUCCAGAGUCGUCGCUGUCUGUGAUUGAUGGUUGUGAAGCAGUUCUGCCUAACGAAGGAAGAGAUUUAUCACUUUUUGAUGAUGCAACAUCACGAAAGAAACGUGAAGUGAUGGAGAAGAAAUAUAUACCCAAGCAAAAGGCUCCAGAAGUGUUGUCUGUUACAACCAUGCACUAUCCUACAGGCAAUCUAGAGUCUGGAUCAUCUCUCCUUAUUAAGUUCUCUCAUCACACGAAUAUGCCAGCCGUCUUGAGGCCUGCUGACCUCCGCCGAGUUAUUGUUCUUAAUCCACCACGUUUGAUGAAUUCAUUGCAUAUGGCAGUUUGGCAUGAUCCUCAGACACUACGUAUCAUCUUUCCUGCCUUGGAUAAGAUCAAUGAUGAAGUGGUUUCUGUCAAAGAUGUGUACCUUACAUUUGUGGUGCCAAAUGGCACUUGUGAAGAGACAGAUGUCUGUGAGUAUGGUAUAUGUCAUGCUGAUGAGUGGUCGUGCAGUACUACUGGUUCGUACAACGCUCAUCAUGGUACAUCUUUACACACUGCUGACACACAAGCUGCUAACAGCGAGACCAGACCGAUGCAGUCUGGUGAUGACAUACAACAGACUCAACUGCAAAACUGGUGUCUUGAGUUCCUCUUGCUUGCCUUCACAUGCAUUGUCACGGCUGCUAUUGUUGUUAUGUUGAAGUUUAAAGGCUACUGCAUUGAUGUAGGCGCUCUAGGUGAUGCUGGUAAUAAGAGUUUCUUUCAGAGAACUAGAAAAUAUGACAUUUUUAUCUGGUUGGUAGGAUUUGUUAGGAAGUGGAAGAAAGAAAAUGCAGUGUUUAGGUUGUUUGCAGCAAGUAUGGACGACGCUGAUGCCUCAUUUGAAGACGAAGAACGCGAACGAUCAGUGGACUGUCAACCAUUGCAACAUCAGCGUCGAGAAGAAAUGUUGGACGACGCGUUGGCUGCUGCUGAUUCAGGGAAAGCGAUGUAUCUGGCGUUUGUUGUGAUCGGUUCCGGCUUCCUGUUUCCCUACAACAGCUUCAUCACUGCAGUCGACUACUUCCAAGCCAUAUAUCCAAGCAAGAGAUACGAAUUCUUCGUGACUCUGGUCUACUUCUAUACGACGUUGUGUGCUGUCUUCUUGAGUAACGUCGUUCUGCGAGUAGUUGGACUCGAGUCACGUAUUCGUGUGAGUUAUGUCCUUUUCUGCUUUCCUCUGGUGACCGUCAUGGUGCUGACUUCAGUUAUUAGUAACGAGGGCACUGACACCACUUUUGCUGUGACCAUGAUUGGGAUUGUUGUUGUGUCAUUUGCUGGGGGAAUUCAGCAAGCCAGUUAUUAUGGAUUUACUGGGAUGUUGCCUCGAAAGUAUACACAAGCAAUUAUGACUGGAGAAAGUGUUGCUGGUCUUGCUGUUUCCAUUGACAGACUUAUUACCAAGGCAGCAUUUUCAUCUUGCAGAACCAGUGCUUUGGUAUUUUUUGGCAUUGCAUUGGUGUUCAAUAUUGUCUGUGCUGCACUGUAUGAAUUUGUCCAACGCACAUCAUUUGUUCAACAUCAUCUAAUGACAUGCCACAGUGUGCAUGAUCAUGUUGGAGUCUAUCGAUCAUUGCGUGCCGAAAAUGUGACAGAGCUGCAAGUGUAUUCUGGUACACAGAGUAAUGAUGCUGAUUGUAUUCAGCUAGAUAAACACAAUACUACUAGUGAAUUAUCUGGUAGAUUUGGACUACUACUCAAUAAACUUGGAGAAGGUUGGCAAAUUAGAAAACAUGUUAUUCGGAGGCUUUGGCAUCUUAUGCUGACAAUCAGUGUUGUCUAUUUUGUUACUCUGUUGCUCUUUCCUGGACUGCUAAGUGAAGUAAAAGGACCUGCUUUUCGAGAUGAUUGGCUGCCAGUAAUACUGAUUGCAAUCUUCAACCUGUUUGACUUCGUUGGCAAAGUGUUUGCAAAUUGGCAUUAUAAAUGGAAGGAAGGACAUUUAAUUGCCAUCAGUUUGGCCCGUUUUGUGUUGAUCCCACUAUUGGUGCUGUGCAUCGUACCGUGUCAGUCACCAGCCUUUGGAUCUGCAAGUGAAUAUGUUGCGAUGGCUUUGGCAGCAACUAUUGGAAUAACAAACGGCUACUUUGGAUGCAUGGCUAUGGUGCUAUCUCCAUCGAGAGUUGAGUCAACGUUAAGGGAAGUGGCAGACGUAUGGAACACUAUCUGCGCAUGCGUCGCGGGACAGCUGUUUCCUUUGUUCUCAGCCCAUUCAUUCGACAUGAAUCGAAGACAAGACGGUGGAAGACAAACAGACCGUAAUUAUACCCGAGGGGAUCGAUAUCGUCGUCGUGCCGCAGAUGCCAAUAACGAGCACUACACAGUCAUAGAGAGAGAGAGGGAGAGGGAGAGAAGGAACUUGCAGGGCAGAAGGAGACGACACGAUAGACCAGUUUCUGUUGACUACGACAGACAGUUGCCAGUGCACGCUCGUUUUCCGUCUGGAUCUGGACGCCACGCGAACAACUGGAACGCGUCGCGAGCAGAUUGGAACCGCCUGUCACUGCAAAUAAUGGAUGAGGUGCGAAGACGUGAACCUGAUGAUUAUGCGAGACGUUCUUCUCACUCAACAAGUCUGGCCCUGCCUGAUGAUGCACGUUAUUAUCCCCAACCGCCGUCUGCGAGUAGUAGACAGAUUUCUGAUCGUGAACGUGGUCUGCCUACUUCAGAAAGCGCAGAUUCGGUUGAAGUCAAUUAUUCCUCUGUUGAUAGGUCGGUUGGCAGGCGAAUGGGUUGGGAUCUGAGGCAGACUGAUUGGGCAAGACCGUCUAGCCCGGUGCUUCAGUCCUAUAAUCAUUUAAGGUCUUCCUACACACAUACCAGGACUCCGAGUACAAGUGGAGAAGAAGAUGUAACAAGAAGCUCGUCUUCGUCUUCGACGACAAGAGAGGGUUCCAUGGAUGUACAACAGUGGCGUUCCGGUUUGAAUGAUACCUCGCUUGAACGGCCUUCCAACUUUUCACAAGAUGUCAGAGCAUUAGCUCUAAAACUCAACAGCCUAUCUCAGAUCUCAUCCAGUCAUGAUCCCGACAUUGACCGAGCAGAUGAUAUUUAUCCCAGUGAACAAAUGCAUGCUGCUGUGCAGGCAGAGAGAAUAUCGGUAUCUGACGGAUCAGCCGAAGCUUCUGUAAAGACACCAGUACAAAAUGAGGAACAAGUAUCAGGAAUUAUUAAAUGUGUGGUACAUUUGAGGGACCAGCUGGCAACAAACUGUACACCUCAUUGGCCACUUGAUGGUUUUAUUGCCAAGACUUUGGUGAGAGCUGCAGUAGUCUUUCUUUCCUAUGGAGCUGCAUGGGCUAUUCUUGGAGAUGACAUGUUACCUUGUUCGUUGCUCUUUUCAUUUGCACUGUUGACUAUUCUCUCAAGUAUUGGUGGUUUUUUGGCAAGGAUUAUUUACCUGCCACCAUUGGUUGGAAUGAUUCUUGUAGGUUUCUUGUUUAAAAACAUACCAGAAUUUGUAGGACAAACUUCGUCUGAUGAUUUAACAAAUUCCAGUAACAACAACACGACAGCUUGUGGGAUGGAAACUAAGAGAGAAUGCUAUGAUUUGGAUGAUAAGUGGUCAUCUAUAAUUCGAAGUGUUGCAUUAGUGAUUAUUCUGACUCGAGCAGGUCUUUGUCUCAAUGCCGAGGUGCUUAAACACAUGAAAUUUAUUGUUUCACGACUUGCAUUUCUUCCUUCAUUGGCCGAGGCAUCUGUGGAAGCAGGAGUAGCUCACUAUCUAUUGGAUAUGCCGUGGGAUUGGGCAUUUAUGACCGGUUUUGUUAAUGCUGCAAUAUCACCAGCUGUUGUAGUAUUAGGUCUCAUUUCAUUGCAAAAACGGGGAUACGGAACUGCACAAGGAAUUCCUACACUUCUUAUUGCAGCAGCUACUGGUGAUGAUGCACUCAAUAUCGGUGGCUUUAGUAUCUGCUUGAGUAUUGCAUUUCGUGAAGGGAGUUUAAUGUUCAAUGUGUUUCGACCCCUCGUGGAACUUGCUCUCGGUUUGACUUGGGGUUGUAUAUUUGGUGUUUUGUCUUGGUGGCUGCCGAGCUUUGACAGGAGUCGAGGGUUUAAGGCUCGGAAUCGUCUUGUCUACUUACUGGCUUGUGGACUUUUGACCGUGUUUGGUGGCAAGAGAGCUGGAUUCACUGGAGCUGCAGCUUUAGGAGUAGUUGUUAUGUCUUUUGUCGCAUCUCGUGGUUGGAACACAGAAAAGGGAGCUGUUUCUAAAAGCUUCAAAAUUCUUUGGGAAUUUGCUCAACCGGCACUGUUUGGCUUAACUGGAGCCUCUGUUGAUGUUGAUUUUCUUGCCGCUGAUAUCAUUGGAUUGGGAUUGGCUAUGCUUGCAGCUGGACUUGUUGCGAGGUUACUGGUCACCUACUUAGCAGUAUGUCGUCAAGGGUUCACAAAGAAGGAACGGAUUUUUAUUGCUCUAGCUUGGCUACCAAAAGCCACAGUACAGGCAGCUAUCGGUUCUAUUGCAUUUGACAAGGCAAAAGAAUGUAGUUUGGGCAAGGAAUGCGAGGGAUACAAGGAAUUGGGAAAGAAACUGGUGACAGUUUCUUUCUUAGUUAUAGUCAUGUGUGCACCCAUUGGAGCAGCAGCAAUUCAGUUUUCUGGUCCACAUUUGCUUCGUCGAGAACAAUCAGCAGGUCUUAACAGUUCUGUUAAUGAUAUGGUUGGAAGUGCAGAAAAUGGUAGAUCUCUUGGCCAAAACAAGUCAGCUAACAAUACGCGAGUUGAUGUUAAUGGAAUGGAGACAAGCGUCUAAGCUAAGAUGCUCAUGAUGAUUUAAUUAACAUAUAGUAUUACUUGAUUAAUUAACUGAUGUGAUUGCUUAGUUCUCUAUUUAUGUGAGCUGUUGUUUUUGCAGUCCUAUUGACAGGCUUAUGAAUUUGGUAGAACUUUUUUUGCAGUGUACCAAAUUAAUAUUUGUACAUGUAUGGAUGAUUAUU